GUUGCCUGCAGGAGUAAACAGAAUUUCUAUAUAUCAAUAUGUGACAGUGUAGAAAAUGCCUAAUUUCCGUAAACAAACAACGUGAUUUAUUGACUUUAACAUUGCAUACGACACGGCAAACGUGGCUUCCCUCAACUGUAUGAAAAUGGGUGCUAAUGGGUCACAACUUGAGAAAGAGAUCGGAUCCGACCAGUUCCCAGCCAACGAACACUACUUUGGACUGGUGAAUUUCGGCAACACGUGCUACUGCAACUCGGUGCUGCAGGCGCUCUACUUCUGCAAGCCGUUCCGGGAGAAGGUGCUCGCCUACAAGGCGUCGCAGAAGCGCAACAAGGAGACACUGCUCACCUGCCUCGCCGACCUCUUCUACAGCAUCGCGACGCAGAAGAAACGCGUCGGCACGCUCGCACCCAAGAAGUUCAUCGCGCGGCUGCGCAAGGAGAACGCCAAGAGCAACUCUGUGGUUACAGAUGUUCACACCGGCACUUGCGCAGCCGAGAGCAAGCAGGACAAGAAUGGCAAGGCGAAGACGAACAUCUCCAACAACGUGGAGGCGGGCAGUAAGCCGGAGCCGACCUGGGUGCACGAGAUCUUUCAAGGAACGCUCACCAACGAGACACGAUGCCUCAACUGCGAACCGAUGCGAGUGAAGCGACUGCCACAGAUCCUAGCUCUGCACCUGAAGCGCUUCAAAUACAUGGAGCAGCUAAACCGCUACACCAAGCUAUCCUACAGGGUUGUGUUCCCUCUAGAACUACGACUAUUCAACACAUCGCACGACGCGUACAAUCCGGAUCGCAUGUACGACCUGGUGGCAGUUGUGAUACACUGUGGCAGCGGUCCUAACCGCGGCCACUACAUCAGCAUAGUGAAGAGCCACGGCUUCUGGUUGCUGUUCGACGACGACAUUGUUGACAAAAUCGACGCAUCGACGAUCGAGGAUUUCUACGGGCUUACGUCCGACAUCCAGAAGAACUCGGAGUCCGGCUACAUCCUCUUCUAUCAGUCGCGUGACUACACGUAGCGCAUGUGGCGCCAUCCGGUGGACCUGUUAAACAACUUUGUUGUUGUCGUUGUUAUAAGUGAUAGUCGCAGAUAUAUAUAUAAAUAUAUAUAUUUAUUCCCUUUGAUGAGACGAUGAUGGCGACGAGCGGUAAAUUUCUAGCGUUAUGAAUCGUGUACAGUUGUUAAGAGCGCGCGCGUGCCCCGUGAUUAUUAUUAUUGUAUGUGUAACAGAGACGCGCACGGUCACCUGCAGUUACUUUCCGAGGCGAGAUCGCUUCGCCGAAUCGUACGUGGAUUCCGCCGUUACUGCUUUGUCGCGUGUCGGGAGGGGGCGCCACGAUCUGUAUAUUCUGUAGGCAUACCACCGGGAGGGUGACACAAAGAGCACCUCGGUUCAUUGUGUGGUAGGGAGUGGAGGUGGAGCCAUGUUGAGGUAUAGAUGUGCGUUAGGCUGAUUGCACGCGUGUGGGUGACCCAAAAAUGAAGCUUGACCCCCCCCCCCCCACCCAAUGAGGUGCGACCGCCAUGACGUAUGACGCAGACGACUUGUUCCUUAUGUUGCAUGGACUUGUGUUACUUAUGAUUCAUGACCCCCAUGACGCGUGACCCCACGACACGUGACCUCACGAUUCAUGACCCCCAUGACGCGUGACCUCACGAUGCGUGACCUCACGACGCGUGACCUCACAACGCGUGACCUCACGAUGCGUGACCUCACGAUGCGUGACCUCACGAUGCGUGACCCCGCGAUGCGUGACCUCACGAUGCGUGACCUCACGAUGCGUGACCUCACGAUGCGUGACCCCGCGAUGCGUGACCCCACGAUGCGUGACCUCACGAUGCGUGACCCCGCGAUGCGUGACCUCACGAUGCGUGACCUCACAAUCCGUGACCUCGCGAUGCGUGACCUCACUAUGCGUGACCCCGCGAUGCGUGACCUCACGAUGCGUGACCUCACGAUGCGU